UCUUUGAUUUUGCCGUUGUAUUAGACAGACAGUGUGGACGUUUGAGAGGAAGGUAGGCGAAACGAAAUGAAAUUUAAAGGAGUAUGUGACUUUUGAAGAAGACAGGCUAAAAUUAAUUUUAUAGACAUUAAAAUAUAUAAAAACCCAACAGUGUACUUAGAAGUAUGUUUUCAAUGCUAACAUAAUAAUAUUAUGUACAUAACAUUGUGACAGGUUAAGCCUAAUAAUAACAAAUAUUAUUAUAGGCCUACGCCCACAGUACUAAGAGUAAGGUUAGGUUAAUUUUUAUACGCUGACAACUAUUUGGCUAGGUGAACUGAAAUUUACAAUGGCUCAGAAAAGAUACAAAAAGGACGGCAAAGUUUAUGAUAUUGUUCCUGAUGAAUCACAAUAUUUGAUAAAUCUAACUUUGAAGAGGUUUGUCAAUAACCCUGAUAUAAAAGAGUUUGAAUAUAUAUCAGCAUUUGAGUCCUGCGAACGGGCCUAUGUUCAUGAGAAAGCUAAGGAACUUGGCUUGAAGUCGAAAAGUCGAGGGAAAGGGCUGAACAGGGCAGUGACAGUGUACAAGCGAGAUGGCUCCACCAUAAUCCAAGCAGAUGCAGUGAUCCCACUGGUGAGACCAUCACGACAAGCUAUCCUCACUCUCCUUGCAUCACAUCCUGUCACCAACAAGGAACGACAGGAUUUGCUUCCCAUCACUGAAAGAGACAGGUCCUUCCCACCUGAGGCUUCUUUGAGAGAGACCAACAAGAACCAGUGUCGGCUACACAAUGGUGUACCCAUAGUGCCACCAAGUGGAGUCAACAAUGAACUGCUACAGUUUUGCAAGACUCUGACCAUCUGGCCCACGAACGUCUCAAAUCAAUUGAGAGAGACCAACAAGAACCAGUGUCGGCUACACAAUGGUGUACCCAUAGUGCCACCAAGUGGAGUCAACAAUGAACUGCUACAGUUUCGCAAGACUCUGACCAUCUGGCCAAUGAAAGACACCAUAAUCCAGGCCAUAAACUCACACUCUGUUGUCAUCAUCAAUGGAGAAACAGGCUGCGGCAAAACCACUCAGGUUCCGCAGUUCAUAAUGGACCACUCGGAGAAGACUCAGCGAGGCUGCAGGAUCAUCUGUAGCAUGCCACGUCGCAUCUCCGCCGUGACUGUGAGUGAGAGAGUGGCAAUGGAGCGCGGAGAGCCGCUCGGCAAGACUGUUGGCUACCAGAUCCGUCUGGAGAGCAGAAUCUCUCCGAACACAAUCCUGACGUACUGCACCAAUGGGAUUCUGCUGCGUACAUUACUCUGUGGUGACUCACUGCUGGCUACUGUGACCCAUGUCAUCAUCGACGAGAUUCAUGAACGUGACCGACUCAGUGACUUCAUGCUGAUUGUGCUGCGUGAUGCACUCGCCAAGUAUCGUGGUCUAAAGCUCGUGCUCAUGUCAUCCUCUCUGGAUACACAGAUGUUCUCCAAGUACUUCACUAAUUGCCCAGUCAUCUCGGGAAACACUUGUCCCAUCAUCACUGUACCAGGAAGAUUGUAUGAAGUUCAAGAAUUCUUCCUGGAGGAUAUCUUAAAGAAAACCGGAUAUAUGACAAAAGAAAUGGUGAAAGUGAAGAAAGACAUAGAGCGGGUGAAACAAAACAAGUUGGAUCUAAAGAACUGGAUAUCAGCCCUAAAUGUAAACGGGAGCUCCAACCAACAAAGCUUGACCUACACAGCAACGCCCAUCCUUGGUCAGCAGUCAGUAGAGGUGAGCCAAGAAAUAGUGGAGUUGGAGGGGUAUUUGAAACAAGAUAUGGACAGAUGCUUGGCCCAAGCUUGGGCUUCAGGCACAGAACAGGCUUUCACACAACUGUUGCAGUUGAUUCUUUCUGAGAACAUUUCUGUGGACUAUCAGCACUCGGACACAGGGCUGACAGCGUUGAUGGCUGCAGCAGCCAGAGGUAGUGUAGACAUGGCCGAGCACUUGCUGUCUCUGGGAGCCAAAGUCAACAUCAAGGCCGGCUCUGACGAGAGGACUGCUCUCGACUGGGCGACAGAGAAUGGUCACCAGGACGUGGUGGAGUUGCUGCAAGUUUACAUGAUAUAUUAUGAGUACGAGCCAUGCAAACCUGAUGUAGAAGUCGAAUUAUCAGAAGAGUCUAAAUUGUUGAUUGAUGUGUACGAGCGAUGUUUCGACGAGGAGCAAGUUGAUGUGGACCUCAUAAUUCACAUUUUGAGUACCAUCCAUGAGAGCGGAAAGAAAGGUGCAGUUUUGAUCUUUCUACCUGGAUAUGAUCACAUAGUCAGCGUCAAGGACAGGAUUUUGGCCAAUGAAAAAAAGUUUAAUGAGUAUGGAAAACUUGCUAUGUUUAUUUUACACUCAAAAAUGCAGGUUGUAGACCAAAAGAGGAUUUUCCAGCCGGUGCACACAGGCCAGCGCAAAGUGAUCCUGUCCACAAACAUAGCAGAGACUAGCAUCACCAUAGACGAUGUCAUGUAUGUCAUUGAUUCAGGAAAAGUUAGAGAGAAGAGCUACAAUGCAGUAACCAAUGUCUACACACAAAAGUGUGAAUGGAUCUCACAAGCCUGUGCGCGACAGAGGAGGGGUCGUGCCGGUCGGUCUCAGCCCGGCGUAUGUUACCACUUGUUCUCUAGCCGGCGUUACCGGGCUAUGCCGCCAAGCCAGACACCUGAGAUACUACGUGAACCACUACAGGAACUUUGUUUACACACUAAGCUGCUGGCUCCCCCCAACAGUCCAAUAGCUGACUUUCUGGCACGUGCCAUAGAGCCUCCUUCUCCUCUAGUGACAAGAAACGCUGUUCAGCUGCUUAAGACAAUGGAUGCAUUGGAUGCCUGGGAAGACUUGACAGAUCUCGGACGCCACCUGUUAGAGAUCUCUAUUGAACCCAAAUUUGGCAAAAUGCUGCUGUAUGCCAUUAUACUGAAGUGUUUGGACCCUAUUCUAACUAUUGUCUGUUGUCUGUCACAUGGUGACUUGUUUAAAAUGCCAACCAAGCCAGUUUUGAAGAGAAAUGCACUAAACGAGCGCAAGAAGCUUGCUAACAACUCAUUUAGUGACCACAUGGUGUAUCUUCGGGUAUUUCAGGGAUGGCAACACGCACGGUACAGCAAUAGUGAGCGAUACUUCUGUGAGCGUCACGCAGUGAGUGGAGCCAGUCUAGAACUGAUAACAAGCCAGCGUGCGCAGGUGCUGGGGCAACUGCGUGCAUGUGGGCUGGUCAAGACACGUGGUGCGGGCGACAUACGUGACGUCAAUACCAACUCAGACAACUGGGCUGUGGUGAAGGCAGCUCUGACUGGAGGACUAUAUCCCAACCUCGCCAGAGUGGACAGAGAGUUCAACGUUCUCCGCACUCAGAAAGAACACAAGGUGAUGUUCCACCCAUGGUCAGUUCUGCGUGAGGUGAGCAAGAGUGCACGAGUGAGUGUAGCGGCCACCCACACGUCUACAGUACGUGGCCUGCCGACUGACUGGGUGGUAUACGAAGAACUACAUCGUGUGGGCAGACUCGGGCAUGUCCGGACCUGUACUGUUGUGUCACCCCUCACUGUCGGCAUCUUCGCAGGUCCCACCCGUCUGCCCCUCGAUGCAAUGGAGGACUCCGACCAUCCAUCACUAGAGAGCACGGUAUUUGACUCAGACAGUGAGAACGAGAGUGACACAGUGCCUGAGGGCCACAAUGCCAUCGUGAAGCUGGACGACUGGCUUGUGUUUCGAUUGGACAAUGAGGCUGCUUCGCUCGUUCAUCAGCUGAGGCUCAAGUGGCACACUCUGUUGUUCAAACGUCUUAAGAACUCGAGCAAACCUUGGACACCAGGUGAUGAAGCUAUUGUCAACACGCUAGUCAGUGUGCUCAGUGCAGAGGAGCAGGCUCUAGGGUUGGAGCAGCCCCAAGGAGUGGGUCAGAGGCCACGCCCUCUCAACAUUGACUGCUACCCUCAAGUAAGAAGACCAUGGGAAGAAUUUGAUGGCAACCAAAUGGCUGAAGAUGGGAAUGCCUUUCUAUCUACUAUUGAAAACUCUGGUUCUCGCUUCAUGAACCACCACAGAUAUCCAGAUUCCUCACCAACUAAAACUAAUCAAGACCAAGAAUCCGGACAGACUCAAAGAAUCGGAGCAAAGAAAAUCUUUUUAUGUGCACACAGUGAGCCUCUACGACACAUGCUGGAAGACAGUGAGUUGGCCGAACAGAAUGAUGUCAGGGUUGUGGAUAUUGAGCCUUUAAAGUACAUUUGUAACUCUACAUUUUCUAGAUCUGAGAGUGACAUCUUACAAAAAUCAUAUUGUUAUAUUAUAGAUAACUUUGAACCUGUAGGUACUUACAGAACUUUUCAAAAGUUCACAUGGAACGGUUUUUCUUGGAAAUGUCGUGUUGGGAAGCAUGAAAAUUACUUAUCGGCACAUCUGUGUUGUGAAGGAAACUCUGAAAACACGUCUUGGGAGAUUCCUGUCACUGUUGAAAUGAUGUUCAUCAACCAAGAAGACCAAUCAAAAAUCAAAAUGUCUACAGGAGGACCCUCAUCACCAAUGGCUCAAAAUACUUCUGGAAUACGUGCAAAUGAAAGCAACACCAGAUAUUUUGUCAUCAAAGCUGGACACCUGAAGACUGUUGACGCUUCAGUCAAUCGAGGAGUUUGGGCAUUUACUCACAACACGGAGAAGAAAUUAGUGGAAGCAUUUAAGGCUGGCAAGACGGUGAUACUGGUGUUCUCCCUGCAAAGUUCGGGUCACUUUCAAGGGUAUGCACGAUUGCGAGGGGAUAAGUGUGAGAGUGGGGAACCACUACCUGAGCAGGGCGGGAAUCUCAACUGUGUGUUGCCUGUAGAAUGGAUCAAGCGCGGAAACAUCUCGUUUAACGCUACCCGUCAUCUGGUGAACCCCUACAACGAGAACAAUAAAGUUCAGACUAGCAGAGAUGGCCAGGAAAUAGAACCCAGUGUAGGGGAUGCUCUCUGCAAGAUGUGGGAUAGUCCCGGAACCUUGUGGACCAACAAGACCCCCCUCCACCAGAACCACCAGAGUGGGUUUCCUGGCCGACCUAUCAGAGGCCGUCCACACUAUAACUCGCACUACUACCGCAAGUGAACAUCCCAUAUCAUUUUACAUAUGAUCUUCUGUAACCCUUUCUUAGGGGUAUUGCUUUCUUCAGUGGGAGUUUGCUUUUUUUAUCUUAUGAAGAUUAAUAUUCCUAAGCUAGCUAUUCAGUGUUCCAGUACACAAUGCCAGUGUGAUCAGUUUUAGUUUUUUUUUUCUAGUAAAGUUCCUAUAAUUUUCUAAAUUAAGAAAGGUUUUAUUAUAAAUCAUUCUAUUACAUUUAUUUUACACUUUAUGAAUUUUAAAUUAUAUAAAGUAUUUAACAUU